GCCCGCGCGGCAGCUGCGGUAUGCUCCACCGCGGCUAAAGCCCUGGGUGGUCAGGUGGAGGCGAAGCGCGGCACUUCCGUCGACUUCACCCGCAGCGGUCCCCCGGUCUGUAGUCUCGCCGCAGCCACGGGAGAAAAGACGGAGCCCUCCGCCGCCACAGAAAUGUCUGCUCCGGCUCAGCCGCCCACUGAAGGGGCAGAAGGGGCUGCCCCAGGUGGGGGCCCCCCUGGCCCUCCUCCUAAUACGACCAGUAACAGACGACUGCAGCAAACCCAGGCACAAGUGGAGGAAGUGGUGGACAUCAUGCGUGUGAAUGUGGACAAGGUCCUGAAGAGGGAUGAGAUACUGUCACAGCUGGAUGACCGAGCUGACGCCUUGCAGGUGGGAGCAUCACAAUUUGAGAGCAGUGCUGCCAAGCUAAAGAGGAAGUAUUGGUGGAAAAACUGCAAGAUGAUGAUCAUGCUGGGAGCUAUCUGUGCCAUCAUCGUGGUAGUUAUUGUAAUCUACUUUUUUACUUGAGAAUGUGCCAUCCCUUCCCUGUUCUCCAUUGCCAUCCAACUCAUGUCCCCUUCCCUCUGUUUACUCUCUCAACAAACGUCCCCAUCUACCUCCCUCCACCCCGUCCAGGCUUCUCCGUCGCCCACUCCUUCUUUUCUGUUGCUUUCAUUUGCACUGUGUCCCUCAACACUAGAAUUGCUGCUCGUGGCACCAUCCUGAAGUAACCACCUGAAGAGCAACAGCUGGCACCUUCCCCCUACCCCGUUCUUAUGUACCCACUCAAGUUCCCCCAAAGCCAAAAAGAGUGGGAGGCCAAGAGAAGAGGAAGGGGUGUAGCUGGGGUGAUAUGCCCAAGAAGGUGCCAAGACCAGGGGGAGGAGAAGGGUAUCUGGUGCCCGUGGUGCCACCAGGAAAGGCCAGGCCACUGGCAGGAGGAGGCUGUGAACAGCUAGAAGAAUGGCAGCUCACUCAAGACUGCCCUGGUCACAUGGGGCUCUUCUCCUAGGCCAGGCCUGCAGAGGAUCCUGGGGUGGACCCAGAGACCAACUUGCUUCUGGUGCAAUACCCUUUUAGAAAGUCAAGCUUAUUUUUGCAGUAAUUUCUAAUCUGUUAGUCCAAGAUUUUCUAUGUUGUCAGGGAUAUUACAGCCUUUUGCUUUGUCUUCUGGAGACCUAGAGCACACACGUUAAUUGCUAAAGUACCAGCUUCAUUCCUAUCCUAGAUGCAGCCCCAUAAGCUCAUGACUACAAGGGGCUGUCUCUCAUCCACAUUUUCUGCAGCAUUCUGUGUUGUUCCUGAGAAUACCAAAUAAUUCCAUAGAGCCAAAGCUUGGGACUCUCCAUUUUAAUUGUUGGCAUAGGUAAAGAGAGUAUGUGUUAAUUCCAGAGAGACAAUGAGUCAAGGACCCAAUCUGAAAAUAACAAGAUCGGAAGAAGCUACCUCUUGCCUGCUUUUUGAGGAGGGUCCUGUUCCUCCCUUCCCGUUGAUAAAGUGUGAAGUGUUAGGAAUGAGGGUCCUUGGACUCUCAGGGACUUCUUUUCUCUACACUAUUCCCAGCUACUUGCCAAAGGCAAGGACGAGGCAGGAGGUCCUUCCUGAGGGUAGCCGAUUCUGAGUGUUCAGAGAAGUCCAAUAUACUUGCCAGCCCAGUCUCAGGUGGGAGGCGGGACGGUCUGUAGACAAGUGUGCUUGUGGACUGCUGUGCUGUCAUGGGGCCCUCUCAUCGAGAGCCACCUGUCUGUUCUUCCUGCACUGUAUUCCCCUUCUAAACCACCUGUACCCAUCUGAAUGCCACUUGCCUCCUUUCCUUUCCUCUGCGUGGUUUGUGGGGACAGACAGUGGAAGCUGAGGCGGCCACUGGUGGACUUCAGAUAGGGUGUUGAGUGGAACAGACCCAGGUGUGAGGGGAGGAGGGCAGGCUGGGAACAGGAGGGGGAGCACCCAUGACCCUUUAUUCUUCCCGUCAUCUGGCCCAUGUGCAGGAAGAGGCUGAGGCCAGGCUGGGCUGGGUCUGGAUGCCAUUUUCCACGCAGCAGCAUUUCAUUGCGCAAAACCAUCCUUCCUUUCCCUUUGCCCCCUUUUCCCACAUUCCCUUCGUCCUGCCCCAGGGCAGGACUGAAGAGCUGGAAGAAAGCAGUCAGUGUACCCUCCCAACGGCCCCCCUCGAAGGUCUCCACUCUCCUCUGGGCUCCUCCUUGCCUAAUGCAGGGGGUCACCGCUGGAGAAGAACCACCAGUGUCCUCGAUGUGUCCCGAGCCUGGAGCCAAUUCGCCCUCUUGGCCCACCUAGCCCUGUCACAGGAAUUCUUUCCUGGGUUUCUGUCCCUCUGAGGCUCACCAGAUGUAGUUGGCUUUGUUCUUUUGGGGAUGUUUGCCCUUCUACUUUCUUUCUCACCCCACCCUGUACCCUCUUCUGUGUCUUUUCUGUCCCCCCUCCCGCCCCCCCAACCACCCAUGUGCAUGAGCAAAUAUGCAACCAAACCCCGGGACUUUGCAGUCAAAUGAAGCCAAGCUUCCCACAUCCCCUUCUUCUUUGGUUUGCCAUGAGGCGAUGUGGGGUUUCCACUGUUUGUCUGUCAUCACCUCUGUCUUUUUUCCUACCCCCAACCCCAUACUUGUAUAGAAUAAUAACAGUUGUACUUCCACCAAAGGCAUGUGGCAUAUUUACCAAUCUCAUGUAUUCUGAACAAAGGCAAAAAAUAUAAAUUCCUACCACUA